AUGAUUAUUGUGCACUUAUCGCUACAGUUAUUGACCGUUAACAUUCUUAAUCAAAAGCGUUGUGCGGCUGAAUCAUUUCCACUCGAUCCGGAAAAUGACUGGAUGUCGGUGCAGCGUCAUCUGAAUGCUCCCGAUACAAUACACUUUACCAAAUGUCCAUCUCCGUUCUCCAUCUGUUCCACUAUUCCCGACUCUUCCGCUAUCCGAAGUCAAAAUUUUGGAUCAGCUGCAAAUCAGUGCUCUUGUCAGUGCAAAGCAGAUGCUGCCGCAUUUUUACCUUCUGUACGAAGCUGCAUCAACAAACUUGGUUAG